AUGUCGACCACGCGAGCAUUGGCAAGGCUCUCCAGGAGCGCAACCGCUGCCUCGAGGGCCCCUGUCUCCUCGACCGUCUUCAAGCGCGGCAUGGCCUCGGUGGUCCCCGAGUCGCAGACGUCGGCCGCCAGCGAGCCCACGCCCAGCAACGACGCGAGGAUCAAGAAGUUCCACAUUUACCGUUGGAACCCCGACGAGCCCACCUCGAAGCCGCGCAUGCAGACCUACACCCUCGAUCUGAACAAGACCGGUCCCAUGAUGCUCGACGCCCUCAUCCGCAUCAAGAACGAGAUGGACCCCACCCUGACCUUCAGGCGCAGUUGUCGUGAGGGUAUCUGCGGUAGUUGCGCCAUGAACAUCGACGGUGUCAACACCCUGGCAUGUCUCUGCCGCAUUCCCACCGACACCGCUAAGGAAUCUCGCAUCUACCCGCUGCCGCACACCUACGUCGUCAAGGAUCUUGUCCCCGACCUUACCCAGUUCUACAAGCAGUACCGUUCGAUCAAGCCCUACCUGCAGCGCGACACUCCCCCGGCCGAUGGACGCGAGAACAGGCAGUCCAAGGAGGAGCGCAAGAAGCUCGACGGCCUGUACGAAUGCAUUCUGUGCGCCUGCUGCAGCACCUCCUGCCCCUCGUACUGGUGGAACUCGGAGGAGUACCUCGGCCCCGCCAUCCUUAUGCAGAGCUACCGUUGGAUUGCGGACUCGCGUGACCAGAAGAGGGCUGAGCGCCAGGACCAGCUGAACAACAGCAUGUCCCUCUACCGUUGCCACACGAUUCUCAACUGCUCGAGGACCUGCCCCAAGGGACUCAACCCGGCCCUCGCCAUCGCCGAGAUCAAGAAGGGCAUGGCUUUCACUUAA